GUCGCCGCGUGAGUUUUGAACAGCACGGGGCGUGGCCUCAGUAAAGCGAGCGAACCCAAGGGUACGUCGGUUCAAGAACACACACACACGACAUCUUUAUCCAAUCACAGAUCCCUAUGGAAUGGAGAGGUAUGAGGAGACCAAGAACACACAUGCCUCUUCCUAGAAUUUAUAUCCUCGGCCUCACAUUUCAUUAGGUUAGGGGUUGGGAGAGUGGUACUUAUCCACCGCUUUGCUUUGCUUUGGCCCGCUCCCUCUCAUUCCUUUUGCUCAGUUCACGGGUCCCUCCUCACGUCUUCCUCGUAGUUCACUUCUCUUUUACUACUGGCUCUUACAUGGACGGCGUUGUCGCACAAGGGUAGUGCCCAGCCCCAGUGUAGUAGUAGAGCCAAGAGUAAAGCAAAGCAAGAAGUGUUUCCGUUUGCGUUUGUUGAUCAGAGCAAUGGCUAGCGGCGGCAGCUGGUUAGGCUUCUCCCUUUCCCCUCACAUGGGAAUGGAGGUGCCCUCCUCUUCCGAAACCGACCACGCUCAGCCUCCGCCGCCUGCUAGCGCUAGUGCGAUGUCCGGUUCUCACAGCAACGCCGCGACCUGCAACUUCCUCUUCUCCCCUCCUGCGCAAAUGGCCGCUCCCCCUCCUGGAUACUACUACGUCGGCGGCGCCUAUGGUGAUGGCACCAGCACUGCCGGCGUCUACUACUCUCACCACUCCGGCAUGCCCAUCACAUCCGAUGGCUCACUGUGCAUCAUGGAAGGCAUGAUGCCGUCGUCCUCGCCAAAGCUCGAGGACUUCUUGGGCGGCGGCAAUGGCGAUGGCCACGACACGGCAACCUACUACAGCAACCAGCAGCAGGGCCAACAAGAGGAGGCAAUGAGCAGGAGUUACCAGCAGCACCAUCAGCAGCUAGCCCCCUACAACUUCCAGGAUUUGACGGAAGCAGAGGCGAUGUACCAAGAGGCCACGGCGCCGAUGGAUGAGGCAAUGGCCGCGGCCAAGAACCUCCUCGUCAACAACUAUGGCGCCUCUUGCUACAGCAACGCGGGUAUGCAGCCGCUGAGCCUGUCCAUGAGCCCAGGGUCCCAGUCCAGCAGUUGCGUCAGCGCAGCUCCGCAGCAGCAGCAGCAUCAGAUGGCCGUGGUCGCUGCUGCCGCUGCUUCCCAGGGAGGCAGUAAUGGCGGUGGGGAGUUGCAGUGUGUGGGGAAGAAGAGGGGCACGGGUAAGGGAAGCCAAAAGCAACCCGUGCACCGCAAGUCCAUUGACACGUUUGGGCAGAGGACCUCCCAGUAUAGGGGUGUCACCAGCAGGCACAGGUGGACUGGGAGAUAUGAAGCCCACCUGUGGGACAACAGUUGCAAAAAGGAUGGGCAGACAAGGAAAGGGAGACAAGUUUAUCUAGGUGGUUAUGACAAUGAAGACAAGGCUGCCAGGGCUUAUGAUCUGGCCGCUCUGAAAUAUUGGGGGACAUCAACGCACACCAAUUUCCCGCUAGAAAAUUAUCGACAGGAGGUCGAGGAGAUGAAAAGCAUGACAAGGCAGGAGUUUGUUGCACACUUGAGAAGGCGAAGCAGUGGGUUUUCUCGUGGUGCUUCGAUCUACCGAGGAGUAACGAGGCAUCAUCAACAUGGAAGGUGGCAAGCUCGGAUUGGCAGGGUUGCUGGGAACAAAGACUUGUAUCUCGGCACAUUCACUACUCAAGAAGAAGCAGCUGAGGCCUAUGACGUAGCGGCGAUCAAGUUCCGUGGCUUGAACGCUGUGACGAACUUCGACAUAACCAGGUACGACGUCGACAAGAUCAUGGAAAGCAGCUCCCUGCUGCCUGGGGACGAAGCUCGUAAGGUUAAGGCGGUCGAACCAGCACCUGCCUUGAACAAUGGCGGCAGGGAGCUCAACCCUGCCGAAGGAAGCUCCACGGACACCGGCGUCUGGAGGAUGGUGCUCCAUGGAACACCGCAGGAAGCUGCAGCGUGCACCGAAGUGACCGACCUCCGGAAGGCCACCAUGGGUGACCCUCGCUCGUCCCUGCACAGCAUUGCAGGGUUCGACGUCGAGUCUGCGGCGCCGGCGCAUGACAUCGACGCGUCGGGCAAGACCAGCGGCGGCGUCAACUACUCCAACUCGUCUUCCCUGGUGACCAGCCUCAGCAACUCGAGGGAGGGGAGCCCCGAGCGGUUGAGCCUCGCCAUGCUUUACGCCAGGCAUCCCAACGCCGUCAGCCUUGCCACCAUGAGCCCCUGGAUGGCCAUGCCGGCACCGAGCACCACGCACGCGUUGAUGACCCCGAAUUCCAUCCCUCAAAUGCCGGUAUAUGCUGGCUGGACCGAUGCAUAGCCAUUUACCUCGUUGCUGCUCAGUCCUGCUGUCAUUGGGCAUGUGCUUUGAACUGAGGCAGGAUUAGUACCAUCUGCUUCUCUUGAAACGUAAGUUAGCUAGGAUGGCAAGACUGGUUAAUUGGUUAUCAUGAAGGUGGUGUAGUGGUACGUAGGAGAAGCAGGCAUUAGUCUCUAGCUCACCCACUUGUAGUAGUAGUAGUAGUAGUAGUGUUCUUACUUUCAUUGAGCCUCUUUUUAUGUAAGCUCCUUAGAGUAGUAUGACAUGUAUCAUGUAUGGCUCUAA